AUGCAGAGUUUCUUAGAGCAGGUGUCGAUAUACACUUUGACGUUGUUUCUUGGUGCUUCCUUCGUGUUCUUUAAAUGGUACAGUUCAUCAUCAUCAUCAUCAUCAUCCACCAAGAAGCUACCACCAUCACCACCAAAACUGCCGGUCAUCGGCAACCUCCACCAGCUAGGUGCAAGCGUCCACCACUCCUUUCUAUCUCUGGCCAGACGCUAUGGUGACUCGCUCAUGCUCCUCCACAUCGGCUCAGUCCCAAGCCUGGUGGUCUCAUCAACCGAAGCAGCUCGUGAGAUCAUGAAGACUCAUGAUAUUGCAUUUGCAAGCAGACCUAACACAAGGAAUGUUCAGGGCUAUCUCCUACAAUCUCAAGGAAAUAACAGUCGCUCCUUAUGGAGAAUAUUGGAGACAAGCAAAGAGCAUUUUGACACUUCAGCUUUUAAGUAA